AUGAGGAACUCCUCGGUUGCAUCUGCAUGCUACAUGCAGGCCUUUGUGGCUCCUCUGUGCUGGGCGACUUUGACCACACAGAGUGAAAACAUGACUGCAGACGAAUAUGACUCCCUGCUGGCGGCUGCCAAACCUGCGCUGCAGAAUAUGCCUUAUUCUAGAAUGAACCUUCCCACUGAUGGAGGAAAGCGACAACACCUGCCAAAGAUGAUGAACAUGCUGAAGGAUGUGUAUGGUGCCAUGUCUCCAGACCAACGGACUCAGGUGGUGAGCUGGAUAAAAGAUCAGAUCACAAAGAAGGACUUCAACUGUACAAUGAAGCCACCAUCUGACCCAAGAUCAAGGCUGAAGAAGAGCUGCAACCCUUUACUGGGAUGGCUGAACUUGGAGGCGUUGGCCAUGAUGGGACCGUACGUCUCCCGGUUAGCACCAAGAGACGUGAAUUCUUCUCCCAAAGAACAGCUGUGUGAAUUCUUCCACUCAGGCCAGUUUGCGACUGUUAUGAAUAUGAACUCUAAAAUCAAUCCAAGCCUGGCCAAGAAGUUUCUUGAACGAUUUCAAGAGUGCUUCAGUGGAAAUCAGACGUUUGCUGAGAAUGUGGACAAGCUCGGCAUACUGGCCUGUCAUUAUUCUGCUGCUCCAGACUUGCCUCCUGACGUGAGCAGGAAACUCCUCUCUGAGCUCGAGGACUGCGAUGACUUCGGUAACCCCAGGAUCACACAGUGGAAGAAGCGUCUCGUCAAGUCUGGGAUGUCAAAUACAAACAGCACUGAACCACUACGCUGGCUGGGCAAAAUGGCUGCCUUGCUGUCUCCCAAACAGCUGUCUGAGAUGCCUGACAAAUCAGUCAUGGAAAUUCUCAAGGAUCUGGGACCCUCCGUCCAAUGGACAAAGCGCCAGCAACGCACCCUGGUCAAGAAACUGCUUUGCAAUAACGCGAGCCUGCAGGACUGCUGGAGGCCUGGCUCUCUCAUGCGCCCUCAGCAGCUGGUGGACCUUCAGUCAGUCGCAGGUGGUUUUCCCAUCAGCAUGCUCAAGAACCCCAAGAACCUGCUGGCAGAUAAAGAGGGCCUGAAGAACAUGUGCAUGCGGAUGUCAAAGGGCCAGCUGAUGGCCGUGAUGCAGGGGCUGCUUGGACAAAUGGUUCCCUCAGAGCUGGUGCAGAAGUUGUCUGGCCGUUUGCUUCGCAGACUUCCUCUAAACAAGCUGGACAAAGCUAACAUCACCUCCUUGGACCAAGUGGUGGUUAAGAUGUGGUCUCGGCCACAGGCGGCUUUGCUGGUAAAACAGAUGUACAAUAAACAGAAGCUUCAUCAUUGGAGGCUGCAUUCGCUCCUCCAAGGAGUGACCUGUAAGAUGAUUGACGGUGUCGCGGACAAUGAGACUCAAGACAUGGCGCAGGCCAUAACAGAGACUCCGCGGUGGCUCUCCAACGUGCAGGCAUGAUGUGCGGCCAGAAAGCUUUUUGCCACGAAGGAGAAAGAGAGAGCUGACUUUUUCCAAACCAUCACUGAGGACGAGAUGAUG